AUGGGCGGCGAAGGCUGGCUGUUCCUCUUCGCGGUCAUUAUGGCCGCGGUUCUCCUGUUCACUAUGGUCUUCUUUGUGAGUUUGGACACUGGCGGGGCAAAACCGGACCCCGCGACGCGACGCGUUGCUGACGGCCAGAUCAUCAUGUUCUCGGACCUUGAGUGUGACUACAUCAACCCUAUCGACCUCUGCAACAAGCUCAAUCAAUUUGUACUCCCCGAGAUGAUCGCCCACGCCUUCCUUACCCUCCUCUUCUUGCUGUCUGGACAGUGGCUGGCGUUCCUCCUCAACGCCCCUCUUGUCGGUUACAAUGUCAACAAGAUCAUGGGCAAGAACCACAUGUACGACGCGACUGAGAUCUUCCGCACGCUGUCGGGUCACAAGAAGGAGAGCUUUAUCAAGCUCGGUUUCUUCCUUGUGUCCUUCUUCUACUACCUCUACCGCAUGAUCCUUGCGCUCAUCUCGGCAGAGAGCGACUAA